AGUUCUAGGCUUGGGAGAGUCAAGAGGAGCUCUGAGGCGGAUGAAUGACAUCUUGGAGACCCUGGUGAGGAGGAUGGACAUCUUAGCACGACUAGAAAAUGCUAGCGAGUCUCGAAGGGCAGAAGACAGCGGGCACUUCACUUUGGACAGUUUUCAGCCAGGGAGUCUAAUGGAGAAGAUUCAAGCAAUUGCUCAGAAUGUUUCUGACAUUGCAGUCAAAGUGGAUCAGAUCCUGAGGAACAGUCUCCUAAGAGGAAAAGUGCUUGAAGGUCAGAGGGAUCUUUGUGACAUCCCAAGAGACCCUAGGUACCCAGACUGCUCUGGAAAAGUGGAGUGGAUGCGAUCUCGCUGGACAUCAGACCCGUGUUAUGCAUUCUAUGGAGUGGAUGGGACAGAGUGCUCCUUCCUAAUGUAUCUUAGUGAGGUGGAAUGGUUCUGCCCAGUGCUGCCCUGGAGGAAUCAGUCUCUUAGUUCCUUUUCCAAACCCCAUCCUAAAAAGCAGGCUGCUUUUCGCACAGAGCUCUCAUCUCUUCUGGAUCUAAUGGGAACUGGAAAGGAGUCUCUUAUUUUCAUGAAGAAGAGGCUGAGGAGGUUGGAGGCUCAGUGGCUGUUGGCUGCUCGGAGGUUGGAGGCCAAGAUUCAGAGUACACCUAAUGAGCAGAAACAGAUCCUGGUUCACAUUGGUUUUCUGACAGAGGAGUCUGGUGAUGUGUUCAGUCCUAGGGUGCUGAAAGGUGGACCCCUGGGUGAGAUGGUGCAGUGGGCAGAUAUCCUUGCAGCUCUGUAUGUGUUGGGUCACAGUCUAAAAAUAACAGUGUCUGUGAAAGAGCUCCAGAGUUUUUUAGGUGUCCCCCCUGGAAGAGGGAAUUGCCCGCUAACAGAACCAUUAAAUUUUGAUCUUAUCUACACGGACUAUCAUGGCAUGCAACAAAUGAAGCAGCACAUGGGCCUGUCAUUCAGGAAGUACAGGUGCCGUCUGCGCGUGGUGGACACAUUUGGGACAGAACCAGCGUACAACCACGAAGAGUAUGCCACGCUCCAUGGCUACCGCACAAACUGGGGCUACUGGAAUCUACAUCCCAAACAGUUCAUGACAAUGUUCCCUCACACUCCAGAUAAUUCCUUUAUGGGAUUUGUGACUGAUGAACUCAAUGAAACCGAGCGCCAACAAGUAGCUCUCAACAAGGUCAGAAAUAUGGCUGUUGUAUAUGGAAAGGAAGCAGCUAUGUGGAAGUUCCAGGGUAAGGAAAAGUUUUUGUCCGUUCUACACAAAUACAUGGAAGUGCACGGGACGGUUUAUUUCGAGACCCAGAGGCCCCCUGAGGUUCCUGCGUUUGUCAAAAAUCAUGGUUUGCUGCCUCAACAAGAUCUACAGCAGUUGCUCAAGAAGGCCAAGCUCUUUAUAGGUUUUGGCUUCCCAUAUGAAGGUCCUGCACCCUUAGAAGCAGUUGCCAAUGGCUGUGUAUUUCUGCAACCACGCUUCAACCCUCCUCACAGCUCUCUUAAUCAUGAAUUCUUUCGUGGGAAGCCAACAUCCAGAGAGGUGUCAUCACAACACCCGUACAUGGAAAUGACUAUUGGACGGCCGCAUGUCAUAACAGUGGACUUCAACAACACACAAGAGUUUGAGGCAGCCAUCAAGUCUAUCAUGAGAAGCAAGGUUGAUCCAUACCUGCCUUAUGAGUUUACAAGUGAAGGCAUGCUUCAGAGGCUCCAUGCUUAUAUCCAGCACCAGGAAUUUUGCUCCCCUCCUUUGCCCUUUCCCAUCCCCAUGAACACAUCUCAACUCCCUCUUCCCUCCUCUUUGGUUCUCAUUAAUCAUACAUACCUGGUUUGGCCAUCCAAUGAACCUGCUCCACCUACCUGGCCCCCAGUCUCUGCCAUGCAAGUCUGGCUGUCUGCAGAAGGGGAAUCCUGCACAAGUGCAUGCUGGAAGCAUGAUUUGGUGUGUGAGCCCACACACUUCAGUUUAAUCAAUCAGCGGCGGUUUCUUGAGCAGCUUGGAGCCCAGUGUGACAGUACAGAGUCUGUAAUGAGCCAUUUGUAUCCUGCAGUGUCACCCCAAGUCCGUGAAUGCUAUCUGCAGAGGGAGCCGCUGCUCUUUAGCUGCUCAGGACAAAACACAAAGUUCCGUCGGCUAUGUCCGUGUAGAGACUACCAUCGAGGACAAGUAGCUCUGUGCAAAGACUGCUCAUGA